GAGAAUCAACUUUCGUCUCUCGCCUUGCCGCGACCGGACGAGGGUCCCCAAAAGGCAGUCUCUUUGCAGAAAAACUGCAAAAAUGAAACUCAUGGCAAGGAAACCUGUUACAGACAAGCUCCCUGAACAUGAAUCGACCCCGGGGGAACAACUGGAGGGAUCAGGUGACGGGGGGGGGAGCACGGGCCCGAGUCACGACGGGAGAAGAGAUGGCGGAGGCUCUAGUGGUAGGGCUGCCGACCACUAUAGGAGAGGUGAUGGUGGACGAGAUAGUGUUGGGGCUACCAGGCACCUCUACAGACUUGGCAAAGGGGCCAACCCCACAAACGCAUUUGGAAGAGAUUACCCCACCCCCACACGGGCAGGCCACUGAAACCAUAGCCACAUCCACAGAGCACACGACAGGAAGCGGGGGACAGGUUGGUGAAGUUGCGCCAAUACCAGGGACGGUGGUACGGAGGUCAGCCACUUUAACAGUUGCAGCCGUGGGGGAUGCCCCGCAAUCUCAGUCAGAAGAAAAUCUAAACGGAAAGAGAGGAGGAGAGGCGCAAAUUCCAGAGAUUGUGGUACGGCGGUCGGCUACCGACUUCUUCUUUCCCGCCUUUGCAUUCAUCGAGGUCGCUGUUGCCCUUGUCGUUGACUCAGACUGUCCACCACUAACAUCCUUUCGUUUGUCGGAAGAGGGAGCCGCCCCUGCAUCUGGGAAAGCAGUAGAAGAUGUGGCAGUUGUGGACGACUUGGCAGCAGAUGCGGUGACAGCGGCUGAUGAGGCAGCAGAUGAUGACAUAGCAGCAAAUGGAUUGGCAGCAGAUGACGUGGCAGCUGACGACGUAGCAGCAAAAUUUAAUGGCGUAGUAGCAAAUGGCUUGGUAGCAAAUGGACUGCCAGCAGAUGAAGUAGCAGAAGAUGACGUCGCAGCAGAUGACAUAGCAGCAAAAUGGCUUGGCAGCAAAUGGUACCGGUAAGGGCAUCUCAAAAAUUUUCCUGCUGGCUUUUAACGGCCGUCCGGUAGGGGCAUCCCGCAAAUUUGGGACCGGUACGGGGAGGUAGUGUAGGAAAGGAGAGGCCCACCGAGGUAGCAAAAAAAGACAAAGGUAGUACCUUUGGGUAGGCCUAGUUAUAGCCUUAAAGGCCUAGUAGACUGAGAGAUAGGUAUCGGCCCAGUGAGGCCUGAGUCUAGAGCCUUCGAAAGGAAGGUAUAAGGCUGCAAUGAUGUACCUGCUGAAACGGGCAGGGGAACUGGUAGGCCAAGAGGCUGAGUAGCUGGAAAGUCAUGUGAGGGAGUUCAGCUGUCGGUAUAUGAAGAAUGGCGGUGAUGGACUCAGCCCCAUUCUCUAAGUAGCAAGUCGUGAGGCUGCUCGUGCGCUCACCAGUCUGGUGAGCGCUGAGUGAAGGAAGAAAGCGGACCAUGGCUCCCACCUCGGUUAUGGUGGAGAAGACCAAAGUGGAGGUGGAGGAAGACACGGCUAUAGAGGAGUAGUGAGGAAGAAGGAGGAAGAAUGAAGGAGGAGGAGAAAGAAGGAUUCUUCUUUCUCCUCCUCCUUCAUUCUUCCUCCUUCUUCCUCACUACUCCUCUAUAGAGGGAGUUCAGCUGUCGGUAUAUGAAGAACGGCGGUGAUGGACUCAGCCCCAUUCUCUAAGUAGCAAGUCGUGAGGCUGCUCGUGCGCUCACCAGUCUGGUGAGCGCUGAGUGAACUAAGAAAGCAGACCAUGGCUCCCACCUCGGUUAUGGUGGAGAAGACCAAGUUGGAGGUGGAGGAAGACAUGGCUAUAGAGGAGUAGUGAGGAAGAAGGAGGAAGAAUGAAGGAGGAGGAGAAAGAAGGAUUCAGACGAAGUCGGAGGAAGAAGAAGAAGGAGGAGAGUGAAGGAAGGAACUUACCUUGGCUAUGGUGGACUGCAUCUUCAUCUUCUUGGUUGACGCUGCACCUGGACGGCCCUUCGCUAGGGUUAUACUUUAAGGGAAAACUCAUGGGGUGAAACAUGGCAUGGUGGCCAUAGCGGGAGAGGCAUAGUAGCCUUGCAUCAUCCUUUGAACAUCGGAGCUGGGCUCCG